UCCAACUCCAACAUGGCGGACUCACUGGUGGGGAUGUGAGAUUUCAACGUCUUUUCACCGGCACUUACAUGGAAAAACUCGUAAAAAUUGUGAAUGAGGUUAUUAUUCAGACUCACGAGCAUUCAAAAACAAAGAUUUCUGACAUUUAUGGCUGCCACCUCUAGUACUAAAGCGUCUCCUAGAGUCUACCUUCAAGUUCUUGGAGCCCAAACUGAGGACACUUCUCCCUCGCUUUUCAUCUUCGCAGAUUCACAGAGGUACAACAGUUUAUCUCUUAUUAAAAAAACUGCAACUACCACAAUAGUCGUAAACUUUGUUGAAAUUAGAAGAAUAUAAAAUAAUCUUAAAUCAGUUUAUGUUAUUUAUAUUGGACUCACUGAUACUCUGCGAGCCUGUAUACAGACUCCCCCUCCCCUCAGUAAAACAUUCGGUUAAGGGAGGGGAGGGGGCGUCUGUACACAGGCUUACACUUUGCAGGAUUAUACCUGCUAACUCUCACACAUCAUGUGUGAGUCUCACGCUCACAGACUAAAGACAUCGGUCUCACCCAUCAAGGACAAUUUCUCACACCUGACUCACAAAUCUGAACAAAUUGCUUUUUAACACAUGAGUGAUAAGGAAAAUUCAAUUCACCUUCCCCAAAAAUGUUCCAAUAAGGCAUUGAAUGAUGACUCGGUGUCCCAACGAAAUCAAAACACACUUAAAUUGUUGUCUUUUAUAUGGCUUCGAAGUGGUCAAAGUUUGUCGGAACAUCUUCGGGCUUUUUUGGCAACAUUCGAUAGCCUUCGGAAAGUCAUCGGAAAUCUUCGGGAGUCGCUGGGACAUUUUCGGAAAUCCGGUCCAUGACAAGGCAAAAAUCUCACGCAUUUUGUGUGACUGUUUGAAAUUUGGCAGGUCAGGGUGCAAAGAAAGUCAUUUUUACAGCUUGCCGAUUGGGCAAGCAGAAGCUAGCAUUUACUAGCCCAGAUGUCAUUUCAACUAGCCCCAGAUGCUUUUUGACGAGCAGAAUUGAUUUCAUAGUUCUUCUGUUAUUCGAACUGCUCAAAAAACCUCACUUGCCCGUCAGGCAAGUUAACAACAGAAUUCACUAGCCCGAAAGCAAAAUCCACUAGCCUCGGGCUAUCGGACACUACUUUCUUUGCACGCUGCAGGUAUACAGGAUCUAAGAACAAAAAACAGUAAUUGUUGUUUUAUCCAUUUAAACCAUCAUUGUCAACAUUCAAUUUCUCACAAAAAAUUCUUUGUUAUCAUCAGAUAUCUUUUUAACUGUGGAGAGGGGACACAGAGGAUAUUUAAUGAACAGAAGUUAAAACUUUCAAAACUAAACAACAUCUUCUUAACACGAAUAUGCUGGGAGUAUGUUGGAGGAUUGCCUGGUAUGGCAAUGACUUUAAGGGACAAUGGAAAAUCAGAAAUCAAGCUACUUGGACCUAGCAACCUAUGUGAUUUCAUCCAUGCCACAAGAUUCUUUUUGUAUCAUGAAAGCUUGAAGUUUGAUUGCGUAGGAUUUACUGGAAGUGAUGGGGAGGAAUACAAAGAUGAAAAUUUGACAAUAUGGCCUGUUGUCAUAAAUGGUAGGUAUGAUCAAUCUGUCCCUUUAGACACAGUAUUAAAUUUAAGGAUUCAAGUUCAAACUAAUCCAUUUCGACACCCAUUUUAAGAUUAAGCAGCUUUUAAAUGAUAAGAAUCAGAAUAAGAAAGUUCUUUAUACAGAUGGCUUAUGUCACUCCAGGUGGUUUUAAAUGAGACACUGUACAAGAAAAAAUGAAAUUGCUAAAAUGCAAAAAAUACCAAAAACCUAACAUUAAAAAUAAUAUCAAUUGAAAUUGAACAAAGAAAAAUGUCACAACCAAGAAGACUGAAAUUGAAAAACCUUCUAAGCUACUACUGAGAUUUAAAUCUGUUCUUAUAAGGAAUAAUAUUCUAAAAGCAUUAUAGGAUGGGUUUCGUAUCUCCACACGGAGGGCAUUCCAAUAGACCUAUUCGGCUAACACAAUGUUGUACCCAAUUCAAACCCUUUGGGAAUAAAACGUUUUGUUUCAGGAAUUUCCAUAUCAUUUAAAUGUGAAUGCCGCAUUAUAAUGCAAAUCAAUACACAAAUUAUUCAUUCAAAAUCCCAGGAGUUUUGAAUUGGGUAAAACAUUGAGUUAACCUCCAUAGGUCCAUCUGGUAAGUUCUUCUUCGCAUGAUGCAGGCACUUUAGGUUUGUCCAGCUCCGCAAAUAUUCUCCAAAUAGCAGAUGUCGCCCUUCGAGUUGUCUAAUGUCCGCCAUUUUUCAAGUUCACAAUCAAAACAACUCAACCUGGGGAGGUCUUCUGGGUUAAUGGUGGUAACCUGCAACCUGUUUUUGGGGAUUUCCUCGUUAAACACCCUUCAAAUUUGGUCAUCACCUCAAUUAAACGCUUUUAAAUCAGAAUCGAGAAAAUAUUUUGAAUGAAUAAUGAUAUCACUUUAAUAACUGAUAUAACAAAAUCAAUAUUUUUAUUUGCUAAUUUACAUCAGUCCAGCCUAUUCCCUAGGUGUCCUUGGCUCACUUAUACCUGGACUCUACCGUGAGCUCUGACAUCACCAGGGGAGACUCACCAGCUCCUUUCCAUACUUUGCACGCACUAGAGGGCAGGAGAGAACAGCUAGGGAUGAGGCUGGCAUCAGUCUAGUAUUCUUAGAUAUUCACAAGAUUACUGCUGUGUUUCCUGCUAUUAUCUCAUGCAUUAAGAGCUCAUGGGCAAAGUACCUUCUAGGAUAAGGGAUAAUCAAUACUUUUUGCAUAUUUUCCACCUAGCUCUUUCUUGAAGAUUGUAUAAUGUAAGUACUCUUGACAUGACUAAGUCUCACUAAACCAGGUACGGUCUUGUGUGAAAACUCUCACAUUCAUAUUGUUUACUAGAUUCACAUCAACUCUCAAGUAGCCAUGAUCAUGAGGCUGAGCCAAGCUCCAAAUCAUUGCAUGACUCAUCCUCUUCCUCAAAUGACGAAGAAAACCUGCCAUCACCAAAGAAGUUGAAGUUUGAUUUUAAGGUGUCCACUGCUAUUUCAUACAUCUGUCAACUUGCCCCACUACCAGGGAAGUUUUUUCCUAAGAAAGCUAUUGAGCUUGGUGUGCCAAAAGGUCCAUUGUUUGGAGAGUUACAAUCGGGAAAAACUGUCACAUUACAAGAUGGACGUCAGGUGGGUUUAGUAUUGCUAGUAAGCAGGACCAUGUAAGUCCGCUACUGCCUUGAGAAUGAGUGUUGUAAAAAUUAAAGCAAGAAAGUCACCAUGGUAGAAAACUGUUAUCCUGCACUUAAACAACUUUUAGAAAAGUUGUAGAGAGCCAUGCUCUCUGAACCUAUGAAAUCAAGGGUGCCAAAUACCUAUGAUUUGUUCAAAACUAAGUUUCCCUUCUUAUUACAAGGCAAAAGAACUUUACCAUGCACCACCUGUCUACAUUGGAAAACAGCCAUGUUUAAGGUGACCAGAUUUUACCUGUUCAUAAACUAAAACGUCUUAAAGCAUGUAGGUAUCUGAUUCAAAGAAAGUUCAAUGUGAUGUUAUGACUGAACUUAUACAUGUAUUUUGGUUGGUACAAUACUCUCCAGAUCCAACCAGAGCAAGUGAUGGAAGCAAACCAACCGGGGCCAUUGUUUAUGAUUAUUGAGUGUCCCACAGUAGAUUACAUUCCAUCUCUGGUGACCAACAAACAGCUAAACCAGCUCUGGGAGGAAAACUCACAUGUUACGCCUGCCGUGAUUGUCCACUUGACGCCAAUGAUAGUUUUUGAGAAUGAAGAGUACAAGCAGUGGAGAGAGAGGCAAGUUAACUCUUAAGGUCCCAAGAGUGACCAACAUCAAUUUUCUCCUAACAACAUCAGCAGAUCAUCAAGAGAAAAGGUUAUGAGAAUUACUAAAUUGAUUGUCAAAGGGAGACUGCUUUGAUCUUAAACCAGAUUCUCUCAACUAUUCUUAAAAGAAAUGUAUGCAGAUCAGUGUGGAGAAUUUGUAUGUGGAUCUUGGGGCUUAUUAAAAGGGUUUACUUAAGAUGUUUUUAGUCAAUAAGCUAGUGGCACUCAUCUCUCACCUCAGAAACUGUGGUGUGGAUUAGAUUCUCAGGCAGGAUGUUCAUUUUAUUAUUUGAGUUGAUUUUUUUCUUGGUUGUUGGUCAUACACUGAGUUUUGUAUCUAGGUUCUUUUGUACCUCUCCACCCCCUCCCCCCUCAACAAACCAGGGUUCCUAUUUCCAGCUCAAUUGAGGACUUGAGUACCACAGAACAGUAAAUGCUUAUUGGUCAAAAGAUCUCUAUUCUUUCUUAUUCUGUGCUAAUUGUAUGUAUUUAUUUACUCUUGGGGGGUGAUAGGGGUGUUGUUGUCUCAGUGGCCCUUUGUCGUUUCACAUAGGAAAACGUUUUGAAGGUCAUAUGCCUCAAGUUUUGACCUCCAGUUUGAGAUUAAAUUGAUCAUUUAAGUUUGCAUAAUUUUGUGUCACCCACUUGCCAAAAUGUAAUGGUCUCAUUGAACCAUGUCCACCCCUUACAGCAUUACUAGUGGUAUAAGAGGUGGCUACCCUGUCAUUUGGAAUCAUCUGCUUGUGUAUUUGUAAACCAGCUAAGAAACUUUCUGUUUGUUUUCCAGGUUUGGAGAUACUGUGUCGCAUUUGUUAAUUAACAAAGACGUGUGUGCAACACCCUUGAUCUUUCAGUCUCAAGCAACAGUUCAGUGCAAGCUACAUUGCAUUGAUCCAGAGAUUUUUCCUUUACUGGAAACCAAUAAUAUCCCUGUGAGUAGUCAUGGAUUUAUUAAGUUUUAAUGAUAUAAAUAUUGUUGCUCCUUUAAAAUCUGCCUUAUAAAAGAGAUGUCCUGAAGUCUUAUCAUUUGUCAGCACUAGACUAUAGAAAGGUCAGGGGGUUUAUUGCUCACAGUGAAAACGGUAAAGCAGUCCUGACAAGUGUUUAAACAAAUUAAAAAUCAAGUUAUUGAUGAUAUUAAUAAUUAAAAAAUCAAAAAUUUUAAUUCAUUGUUUUGGUAAACCAAUUAUUUAGCCACUGUGGCAUCAUGUGAAAAUUAUCUAUUACAAAAUAUGUUUCUUUCUCGUUCAUGGCAUUUUAAAUGCAAAAGUCUAAGUUCCCAAUCUAACACUUGUGCACUCAAUGGGUGUGGAAGUUCGACAGCUUGGUUUCUAAAGUGUGUAUAAUCACUCAACACUCCUCCUUAUUUCCUUAUGGUAUGCUUAUGGUAUGGUAUGCUUCAGAAAUAAUCAUUGAAAUAUGUUGUUGACAUGAUUAUUACAAAAUGUUGCUGUCAAAUAAAGAGCUAAUGAGUGGAGUAGUCUUGAUUUCAAGACAGACUUCUUACUUCUUAAUAGCACUCUUUUCUAACAAACCCUUAAAGUUUUUGCGUAAAAUACGAUUGUUGCUGUUUUCUACAGGAUGUCACAGCUUUACCAAAGAACUGUGUUUCUGGAGAAACUUUCUUGCAGUUUCAUCUACGACCACUAAAACAGCAAGGGUUUGAUAAAACAAACAUACCACAAAAAUUGAACAUUGACUCUACUUUACAAGAAACUCAAACUCUCUUGGCUGGCAGUUUAAACACAAUAAGUGUCCCAAGCUUUCAACUAAAACACUAUGACAGAACAGAACUAGCCACCUCACUUGCCUUAGUGAGGUCUAUUUCAACAAGCAGUUCAUCUGGAUCACAAGACUUAAUUACUGAUCUAGGAACAACAAAGACGAUUAAAAACUGUGUAAGAGAUGCCUUAGAGGCAGUUGGGACAAAAGUGAAGUCUUUGGCAGGGUCAGUGGAAAGGAAAGCGCAACAGUUCUUUUCCAAUCAUGAAAACUAUGAAGUUGUUUUCCUUGGGACUGGUGCCUCUAUUCCUUCUAAGUACAGAAAUGUUAGCUCAACACUUAUCAACAUGAGGUAGGAAUCCGGGUUUUUGACAGUUUUUUAAAGUAGCGGACAUGUAUAUCUGAAAGCACUGGACUCAAAAUUUUGUGGGUGCUGCAAGGCACCUUAUGAGCACCAAAGGUGUGAGCUACCUGGUGGGGUCUGGGGACAUGUUCCCCCAGGAAAUUUUUAAAAUAGAACACUCUGAAAAGCUGUUUCCAGUGUUUCUGUAACCCAUAAUAAAGAGUCAGUUUGCCAGGCAAGGCUCACUCAAAUUAUCUUUAAAAAGCCAAGUUUUUCGUGAAAUUGGACAGUAAGUUGGUCAUGUUACGGGGAGGGGAGAAUGGCAGUAAGUUUAUGAGUUGCUUAAGUAAAAAAAAUUAUGAUAAUAAAAAUAUAAAUAAAAAACCUUCAAAUAUUGGCAUCAAAGUACCAGACAUAGAAUGGCAAACAACCGGACGAAACAUCCGGCCUGUAGCCUCAAUCGAAAACCCUGAGGAAUAUAAUAAAAUCAGAGAGUUUGGGUGUAGAAGAGGGUAUCAUUUUCCAGGAAACUGAUCAUCAUUGGUUGAAAAUUUUAGUCUAGACUAGGGGAACUAAGAAAUUGUUGACAAUUGGCAAAUUAUAAGUUGCAAGUUUAAAACCAAGGAAGCAUUUAUCUCAGUAGUUUCUGGAAAAUAGUGAACCUCUAGGAUAGGGAGUGAAUUUUGGAAUUAAGUAUUACAUAAGGACUGGCAACAUUUAGCUGAACUGUAACUCUGGUAGAGGCUAAUUAGCUUUCAAAGGUCCUUACAGCACAUCCCCAUCCAAAAAUUCCUUAAUUCCUGAAGAGCUCCCUGUUGGAAAUAUUUAACAUCAAUCCUUCCCAAUUUUGUAACAGUCGGAAUUUUGUUUGGUUUUAUGUACAUGUUCUCAGCGAUCAAGGUUCAAUUCUAUUAGACUGUGGUGAAGGAACAUAUGGACAGCUAUAUCGGCAUUAUGGAAAAUGUUUGGAUCGGGUUCUUUCACAGGUCAAGUGUGUGUUCAUAUCACAUAUUCACGCAGAUCAUCACUUGGUAUGACAGAAGAAUUCUUGAUUAUUAUUUUAUAAUCAUGGUAAUUGAACUGAGUGGAGUGCAGUUUGGUCUGAAAUCAUACCCAUGAUUUUAAAAUUGUGCGAGUUCGAUUUGAAAUCACAAGUAUGAUUUCAGACCAAAAUUGCACGACACAAAGUUCAAUUACCACUUUAUUACAGCCAUUUUGAAUUCUCAGAAUUCAGUCAGUACCAAUAUUUAUUUCGCCAAGUAGCCGGCUGCAGCAAAGUGGGUAAUACAGAUGCAGAGUGGGUAAGACAUUCCAUCAUGCUUACCUGGGCAACCAAAAUGAUAAAUAAAACAAAUGUGGAUGUAUUCAUAGAAUUCAGAAUUUGUUUCAUCUUUUCUGCUCAUGGAGUCAGCCUUACAAGAAAUAACUGUUUCUGUUAGACUAGGUAAUCAGAGUUAUGUGAUCAGUUGAUCUGAUGCAAAAUUUACUAAUUAAUCAUUAAUGCCAGCCAUGUCACCAACAGCCCUAAAUUCAGGGCAAUACCCACUAGGACAAUCAUGUUCAACCUGCUUAUAAUUAAUAUGUAUUACUAAAUAAUGUCUGCUUGAAAUAUUCCUUAUCUUCCUGUUAUGGUAACUGGUAUUUUUUUUUAUGAUUUAGGGUUUGAUACGGAUCCUACAAAAAAGAGACACUUUGGUGAGUAUAUUCCUGUGAUAUAGAGUCAUCUAAUGAGCCUGAAGAGUUAAAGGGUUAUUUAUUUCCAGGCCUCAGAAAGAGUUGAAGGAGUGCCUAUUUACAGCUGUGUUAUUGAACUGCAGUUUUAAUCAGCAGGAAAAUAUCCCUACCCCCCCCCCCCCCCCCCCACUCUCAGAUGGUUCAUUGGCUUACAAGUCAUAUUCCCCUACCCUUCUGGAAAUUUUUUUAUAUCUGUAAAUUUUAUAUUGCUCAAAUGAUAUUACCUCAUUGGCGCUUAAAUUGGUGGAUCUUUCAUCUCGUGUUUUUCACUAUUGUAAACAAAUCGUAAAAUUUAAUGCCCUUCUUUUAUAUUUUCCUAUUUACAAUGUAUAUUGGUAAAAUAUCCAUAAGAUCCAUUGUUUUGAAAACACUUACAUUGCUCAACUCAAUCUUUACCAGGGGAAAGAGGUUAGUUGUGAUCCUCUGCUGGUGAUUGGUCCUGAUAAGAUAGGACAAUGGUUGACAGAGUAUAACACAAUGUGUGAAGACAUCAAUUACAGGUAUCAUGACAGCCUUUUAAUCCUUUCAUUCCAAAGAGCAGUGAAAAUAAAAUUAAUGUAGUAAAUGGCCCCUUUAAGUAAAAGUGCACCGCCCCUCUUAACUCAGACAAUAAUAGUGCCCUGCGAUUAAUUCGAUUAUUCAUUUAUAAUAGUUUAAGAUAAUAAUACUUUUUGUCCACAGACUUAACAUGAAAACAAUCGGUGAUUACAUUGUUGGGUACUUCACAGAACAAAACAGUCUGCACUUCUCACCGUCUCUCCUCCAUGGGUUAUGUGUUGUUUCUUACAGGUAGCUUGUACAGUGGCACAAAAUUGCUUGGAUGGGGUGGAGGAGGGAUCAAUUUCCAUAAUUUGAAGUUGGCAAAAUGUUAAAAAGGGCCUUUAAAGCAGUGUCUCUACCAAUUUUGUUGGUGAUUGUAGAUCUGUUUUAGGUCCUGUUUACAUGAAGGUGGGGGACCCCAGGUAGGUUAGGUAACCCGCCUAGGUGGGGUAACCAGCUUGUCCAUAUAACCUCUCAUUUUAAUUUGAUCAUGUUUACAUUAUAGGCGGGGUGACCCGCCACAUGUUGCCUCACCUAUCUGGGGUCCCCCACCUCCGUGUAAACCGGCCCUUCAAGAUUUCUCCAGACAUAUAAAAUUGACUCUAGGAUUAAGGUGUUCGUCAAUCAAACUAUUAAGAUCACAGACACGUUUAAUUAUUUAAUACAACUCUGGGAGAGAAGGACAGUUCUUUGUAAUAACUGAGCCCUAAAUUAAGCCUUGCUGGACUCUUUUUGUCAUGAAUAAUUUUGAAUUUAUUUAUUUGUUUAACAGGUUUGUGGACAGUAGUGAUUUGGUUGUACACAGAGAUGGAGAUCACUUGAAUGUUCUUGGUCAUCUUCAAGCAGAAGAGGUAAGUUUUAAAAAUAGCAGCAGUUGAACUGCUAUAGGGAUAACCUCAUGAUUCUCCUUCAGGUGCCGUGAUGGCUUCCUGUAAACAGUGUAUACCGGUAAUAUGGAUAUAUAAGAGUCAAGAUCUUUAGCCAGCUAGACUGGUCAAAUAGCAGAAUUUCCAAGUAUGAGCCCACUGAAGCAAAGAAAAAGAUUAGAACAAAUAAAAUUAAUAGUAAUUUUUGGUCAUGAUCUUAUUAGGUUUUGACAGUUCCUGUAGAUCACUGUCCUGAAUCCUAUGGGUUGGUACUAAAGCACCAACAUGGGUGGAAGGUUGUAUACUCUGGUGACACUAGACCCUCCCCCGCUUUGAUUGAGGCUGGUAAGUCAUUCUCUCUAGUUCAAAUUUAAUUAGUAUACCAUAAAAUUCUGAAAAUAAGCCACGGGGCUUAUAUUUUUCAUUAAAGGCCCUUUUUGAGGGUCUUAUAUUCGGAGGGGCUUAUGUUUGAGGGAAAUUUGGGUUUCAAAAUCGAUUGAGCCAGCCUUAUAGUUGGACGGACAUUUACCGUGUUUGCUGUGUUUUACUUUGUACAAGCCCCCAGGAGGCCUAUAUUUGGAGGGGCGAUUUAACUGAGGGUUUUUUUGCGUUACGAGUUUGGGGGGCUUAUAUUAAUUUUUGGAGUGGCUUAUUUUCGAAAUUUUAUGGUGUACAAUAGUCAGUCAUGUAACAAGACCAGUUCUUUGUUGGUCUGCAGUAGGUGCAAAUUCUAAAGUAGCACUUCAGUCUGAAACCAUACUUAUUGGAAAUGCAUGGUCAUUCAGCUCAGUUAUUUCAAGUUAGUCUACCACGGCCAAAUUAGCUCAGUUGGUAGAGCACCUGCCUGCAGAUUGGGAGGUUGCCAGGUUGCACCCCAGGUCCAGACUGUCUUUGCCCUGCAAAUGGGUUAACCUUCCGGUGGCUUGAAUGAAGACAUAAAAUGGUGGUCCCUGUAAGAGAUGUAAAAAUGUUGUUCAGCUUCUCAAUUUGUAUUUUUUGACUUGAAUUCAAGAGAAUGAACUUGGUUUCUUUGCGACAGGUCUCAGCUUGAUGCACUUGCAGCCAUUAAUUGGACCAUUAAGUUACUCCUUUCCACUAGUAAUCUAUUAAGUAGAAAGGCCUAUUGACUGUAGAGGGAUCCUUUGUAGACUAGGGUGUGUAUAGCUUAAAUUCCACCAUUUACUCUAGCCACACACUCCUGAGAGAAGACCAAGGUAUAGAGGAGAUAGGGACCUGCUUUAUGAUCUUGAAAUGUGUCUUUCUCAUGGCAUGUCAGUUCUCUUCUGUCCUGUUCUGUUCAUAAAAAAAAAGGUUUAGUUCUGUUUAUGCUGGUGCAUUUAAUAAUAAUUAUUACUGUUUCAAAAACAGGUAAUGGGGCAGAUCUUCUCAUUCAUGAAGCUACUUUGGAAGACGAACUCAAAGCUGAAGCUCUGGCCAAAAAGCACAGGUUUUGUAAAAAAGAAUAACGAUUAUCUUACUGUCUUUAUAAUUGCUUGUCUUCCAAGCUAAUUUGUGAUGAAGAGUGAUUCUACAUGCAAUUUUGUUAAGUGUUUCCGGGGAUAAAGCAAUGUUUGUGGACUUACACUGUUUACUGUACUGUAACAAUUCAGAAUAUUUAUGUUGGCCCUCUAGUGACAACAAAAAAGGCAUGGGUCAUAUGGUAUCUCUAAAACUGCGGUGUUGUACAUUCUUGUCAUGGUGCAACUCUCACACAAAGCGAGUAACCUUUGGGGGGAGGGUGCUGCCAUAUGUUGGUAUGUGCCACUCUGAAGGGUACGGUUUUCAAGAAGUUCAGUCUGGGAUAGGGUAUAGAAAUUAUAAAGUUUGGGUCGAGAAUAGGCUACAAUUUUCCAGAAAAUUCAUCAACUGGUUAAGGAUGUCAGUUUAGACUAGACAAAUUGACACUUGCCAAAAUGGAAUCUCAAUUUCAAAUUUACGCACAACUUAGUUUAAUAGCAAAAAAAAGCAUCAAUAGGUGGCAUAUACCAACUCUAGGAUAGGGAGGGACUUUGGAGGUUUAGUCUAGUAUUGGGUAGCAAAAUUCAAAAUUUAGCUGAACUAGGUCUUGUAUAGGCUAAGGGUUCCAGGAUCCCAGUGGCACGUCACACCCCAAAAUUCCUCAAGUUCCUUCCCAGGAAGCAACCAAACCCCAUUACCAAUCCCAUUGCCAGUGGCAGCUCAUGUUAGAUUGUACUGUUUUAAAAAAUUGACAGCAUUACAGAUGAAGUUUUAUCCCCACGGAAAAAGAUGUAGCUUAUCAUGAGCAUUUCCUUUUCAUUUCAGUACAACAACUGAGGCAAUUGAAAGUGGAAUGAAGAUGGAGGCAAAGUUUAUCAUGUUAAAUCACUUCAGCCAGCGCUAUCCCAAGAUUCCCAUCUUCAGUGAGCAGUUUACAAAGUACACUGGGAUCGCAUUUGACCACAUGAAGGUAAAUAAAUUGCCGAUAAUACCUCUACGUGUUUCUAAGGCCACAUGCUCAGGUCUCACCUGAAAUUUAGCCUGCGUACCCCUCGCACGCACCUGUUCUCUCUUUCACCCACUACUUCCAAGCGCCUGCUAAGCAGGCUACCUGAAAUUUUGCUGUUAGCACACAUGGGCCGAUUUAAGGAUGGGCCGAGGGGGCCACGGCGACCCCUUUUCCUUUGAAACUUUGUAUUACUUUUAUAGAAUUCCACCUCAGAAAAAUAAAAAGUAUCUAGAAUAGAGCUGUUAAUUAUCCAGGCCACCCAUUUCUGAAUUUUCUGGAUCCGCGACUGGCAUAUUUUGAUCAUAUUGGUCUGAAAUUAUAUUAUUUGCAUGUACAUUCUAUGUUUACCUUUCUUAAAUUUCCUGCUGGUUUACUUUGUAUUGCAGAAUUAACUUUUUUCACAAAAUUAUGUGAGAGUUCUGACCCUUCUGUUUCCAAUAUUAACAUUGUGCAACAGACAGGAAAUACUGACACUAAAGUUUAAACUAAAUAACUUAUUAUUGCAAUAUUGCAGAUUAACUCAAGUAAUUUGUCAAGGAUUCCUCAACUUUUGGGGCCACUUCAAACUGUGUUUGCAGAGGAAAUUGAUGAAAUGAGCAAAAGCAAGUGACAAGAGACUCUGAGGCAAAAAAAUAAGAAUAUCAUUCUUGUUUUUAUUAGUAUUUACAAUAUGUAUAAACUGUUUUCUCUUCAGAAAAGUACAAAGCUAUUUGCAGAUGAACAAUACAUGUUUUCUCUUUAAUAAAAAAGUUAUUCUUAUAACU